UUCCUUUGCGGCAUUUUUUACUUUCUCAAGUUGUGCGUGUGCGUCUGGUGGGCUACUUACUGUAAGAUUCUCUAUUUAGAGUCGAGGUUCAUUAUGAAUACGGAAGAGAAUGGUGUGAGUGGCCAGCCACAGUUCGUAGGGAAGAGGAAGGAUCUUGUCCAGGCGAAGCGGGCAGUCAUGACAGUGGAGGGCAGAGAGAUCAUCGUCAUAUACCACUUGGACACCUUCUACGCACUGGACCUCCACUGCUAUCAUGCGGGAAGCAAACUGGAGCUGGGCGACAUCGAGGAGAUUGACAAGAAGAUGUGCAUCAUUUGCCCCAAGCACAAGUACAAGAUCACACUGGCAGAGGGAGAGGGCCUCUACAGGGCUUACGACCCACGCCAGCCGAAGCGUGUCUACAAGUGGUACUCCAAGGGCAUCAAGCAGAGGGUCCACAAAGUGACCGAGGACGGCGGGGAUGUCUUCGUGACCCUGUCGGACACCACGUGCUAUAUCGAGUCUGACUACUAUUACAGCGAAAAGGGCAGGAAGGAUAGAGAGUUGGUGGAUGACAGCAAGGGGGAAGACACCAGCGAAGACGAGGAGGACUGCUGAUGUCCACGAGAGUGACUGACCACUCUAGACAGAUCACCUUUCAGCCAUAAAAGAGGCCCUUUUUUGGCCUCCAUAGACUCCAUAGUUCCUACAUAAAGCAGCAAGUGCACAUACUUGGGACUUCACACAGGAAUUACCCAUUGGUCAGUUCUAGCUCUUUUCAGGUUUUAGAUCACUGCAUAGAACAGUCAUCAUUUACGGUGUAACAAUUCUAUAUAACAUUCUCUUCUCGUACGGCAUUGUAAUAAAAUACAUUUAAAAGUCUAGCAAUACUUUGUACGAAAACAUUAGUUGAAACGAAUAAAGAGAAAUGCAAACAUUAAUCCAUUAGCAGCUUCUGGAAGAGAGGAAAUAAUUGAUUCUUUAUGCUUGUGGUGGAUCAAGCCAGGCUUCAGGGACUCAUGAAAUUAGCAUCGUAAAACCAUCCUCCUUCAUCUCAUUCUGAAAACAAACCACUGUGUCCUCAGAAUAAUCACAAUGACAUAAUGAUAACAUUUAAUUACACCUGUAUAUUUUUUCAUGAGAUAUAGUUGCAAAUUACAUUUCCCCUCUACAGUGAA